GAUAGCGAAAAUGAAUUCCUUGAGAAGAAGAAGAAAAAGAAAAAGGAUUUACCAGCUGGACAGAAGAAGCUUUCGUUUGAAACGACUGCUAAAAAAGCUGUUCCAGUGACAGAUGUUAAUUUGCAGGGAGAAAUCUUUGUUCCUUGGGUGGAUAAAUUUAAGCCAAGGAAUGAAUCUCAACUUGUCGGUCAACACGGAGAUAAAAGCCCGAUGAACAAGCUUUUGGGCUGGCUGAAAGAUUGGGGCCGAAAUAACCUUGGAGAGGGAGGCCGAGUCAAAAAACCUAAGCCACCACCGUUCAUGGCGCAGUCGGAUGGAGCUCCAUUCAAAGCCGUCUUGCUUUCCGGUACACCGGGUAUUGGCAAAACUACUUGCGCUGUAAUGGCCUGUGAAAAGUUGGGUAUGAAGAUUGUAGAAAUGAACGCUUCUGAUGUUCGCAACAAAAAAUCGCUUGAACAGCAGAUUACCCAGCUCACUGGUUCACAUCAGAUUGAAGAGUAUUUCAAGUAUCAGACUGAAGGAGCAAAGGUGAAGCAUGUUUUGAUAAUGGAUGAAGUUGAUGGAAUGAGUGGUAAUGAGGACCGCGCUGGGGUGGCCGAGUUGAUACAGAUAAUUAAAGAUACAAAGAUUCCCAUUGUAUGCAUCUGCAAUGAUCGCCAACAUCCGAAGAUUCGAAGUUUGGCGAAUUAUUGUUUUGAUGUUCGAUUUCCGAAACCGCGAGUGGAGCAGAUAAGGGCAAGACUCAUGUCAAUAGCGUGUCAGGAAAAAGUCAAAAUUUCCAAGGAAGAGCUCGAUCAAAUGAUUGAAAUGUCCGGACAUGACGUGAGACAAUCCAUAUACAAUCUACAAUUGUACGCAUCCGCUGGUGGAAAAGCUAAGGUGCAAAAGAAGGACAUAGCAGUUGGUCCAUUCGAAGCUGCUCGAAAACUUCUUGACUCGCGCUCAACCUUACAAGAGAAGCAGGAUAUGUUCUUUGUGGAUUAUGGUAUUAUGCCGUUGUUUGUUCAAGAAAAUUAUGUCAAUAUGCGGAACGACAAGCAUACUCCCAAACAAGCUAUGGCUGGACUGCGUAAGGCAGCCGACUUGAUUGCGCAUAGCGAUACUAUUGAAAGAUGUAUACGGUCUACUGGAACAUGGAAAUUGCUAAAUGAACAGGCUAUGCUCGGAUGCGCACUACCGUCCAUAGCUGUAGGCGGUCAUUUAAGGGCAAUGAUUCAGUUUCCAGCUUGGCUUGGUAAGAACUCAACAGCUAAUAAACGACAGCGGCUCAUGAGGCAACUUGCUACACAUGCUCAUCUCAGGAUAUCCGCGGAUAUGCAUUCUUUGGUUGCUGAUUAUGUACCGAUUUUACGU